GUCUCUACAUUCAGUUGCCGCGCGACUGUUGAGAGGUGCGCACACAAAUUUCCACCAUAGAAGAUUGUUGAUACAAUCUUCUUUAGAAAAAAAGGCACCACAUUUUUUUUUCUGUUUUUGCAAAACAAAAAAUAAAACCAGUGAACGUGACUUAAACAAGGAUAUUUUACCCCGAAAAAUAUUUCUUCAAAACUUCUUCAUACCCAUCCAUUUCUCUCAGAUUAAACAAUUAGGAUUUCAAAAUCAGUGGAUUUAUCAACAACCAAGUGAUUUUUGUUAAUCAAUGUGAUUUUGCAAAAGUGAUAAAAAAUUUGUGUGCUCUUUGGAAAAGUUAGGUUUUUAAGUGAAGAAAGCCUAAUGGUGUUUUUAAAUGUUGAGGCGCGACAGGUGUUGAAGGUGAAGCAAUGACCAAUCGCAGGUGAAAGUGGAUUAUUAGGGACAGUUACAAAAAAAAAUAGUGUUUUUUUUGUGUUUUGAAAGAGGUUUUCUUUUUGAUUAAGUUUGAGUGCAUGUGGAUGUAUAUUUCCAUUAUGGAUUCAGGAGGAUUUAGGAUUCCGAGUUCACUGCGGAUUAUCUUCAGUCUUUCACUCUUGUACUACGUGCUUGUGAACGUGAAAGCGGCGGAGGAAUCGCAAGUUGACACUCAUGAGGGUUCGACAGUGAAACUUCAGUGUCGAUUCACCCCUCCCAGGGAGAAUGCCACUUACUUCUGGUUGACGCACAGGAACAACGUGCACGACAAUGCGGCUAUUGAACAAACAGCUCUGGCUUCAUAUUACCGAGUCCACAUGAAUCAGGAUGCGGGAAUCUAUGAUCUGGAAAUUAAAAACGUUUCCUAUGAGCGAGAUAAUGGAAAGUAUGAGUGUCGGGUUAAAGUCAGUGGUACGGGAGAGAAUCUCUAUCAUAAGAAUAUAACCCUGACGGUUUUGAGAGCACCGGGACCACCGUCCAUUUCACCAAUGAUGGCUGUAGCACGUGAAGGAGAACCAUUGGAUCUUCACUGUAAUACUCUGGGUGGAAGUCCUGAACCCGAAGUUAAAUGGUACCGAGGAGGAAACGAAUUACUGAUAGCAACUGGACGAACCAUCACAGUAACACCAAGAAAGGAUGACGAUGGAGAGACAUUCCUUUGCGAUGUUAGAAAUCGAGCCAUGCAACCCGGUCAUUCAUUGAAAGCAACAGUCAGACUCGACGUGAGCUAUUAUCCAAGAGUUUCCGUUGGUCCUGAAAAUCCUCUUCGAGUCGAGGCUAAUGGAACUGCAACUCUCAAUUGCUCGGUCGAUUCAAAACCACCGGUAUCGAUGGUAAAGUGGAUGAAGGACGGGAAUUUCGUUGCAAUGAGUAAAGUACACAUGAUUCAAAAAGUUACGCUUCAAGACGCUGGAGUUUAUAAGUGCCAGGCUGAUAAUGGUCUCAGUCGGCGUGGAGAAGCAUCCCUUACAUUGGACGUACUCUAUCCACCAACGGUUGCCAUCGAAGGCAGUAGCAUCCGAAUAGCCGAGGUCGAAGACUCCGUUACUGUUCACUGCAACGUUUCUUCCAAUCCCCCACCAAUAAUCGUCGAGUGGUUGAGAGAAGGCCGACCGGAAUACCGACAGAAUGGUAAUAUCCUCCGACUCACCAGAGUUACUGCCGACCAAGCUGGAAACUACACCUGUAGAGCGAUUAACAACAUUCAUCCCAGUGGUGGUGACCGAAAAAACCACUCUGCCAGUUCUAAAGUCACCAUUCGCGUGAGACAUAAGCCCGGACCUGCAAAAAUCACCCCCGACUCUCCCCAAGCUGUCGAAGGAUCCAAAAUCAUCCUCACCUGCAUGGCCAAUCCUAGUGGCUAUCCAGAACCCCAGUACCAAUGGUACAAAGAAGGAGAAUUGGGCAGCAUUCUCCUGUCGACAGAACACACCGGUCCCAAGUAUGUAAUCGAAUCAGUUCAACUAAACAGCGAAGGAACCUACAAAUGCUACGCCAUGAACGAAAUCGGUAAUGGAGAACCCGCAACCGUUAACCUCACGGUCAUCCAACCUCCUAAAAUUCUAGCCAAACCACAUCCUCACGUCACCAGAAAAGUUGGGGAAUCUUCAUUCCAAGUGACUUGUGUAGGACAAGGAAAACCACGACCCAUGGUUCGUUGGCUUAAAGACGAGCAGGAACUCACAGCCGAUGAGAGACUCUAUAAAGUAACAACAACAACAUCCGAAGGUCACGGUAAAGUUAUCACUGUUAACAGUACCUUAAGUUUCGUAGGUCACGCUCGUCCUGAGACUGACAAAAUAAUUGCCAACGAUCGUGGUAAAUACACCUGUGUCUUCUCUAACGAAUUAAGAAAAGUCGAAUCACAAAUGAUGUUGAAAGUCGAACACGCUCCGAUAGUUCUCCAUCAACACGGAAAAGUUGCCUACGAUUUGAAAGAUACUGCAGAAGUCGCUUGCAAGGUUCAAGCGUGGCCAAAACCCGAAUUUCAAUGGAGUUUCGGAACCAACGCAGCUCCCCUACAAGGUUCCAGUGAUGGACAUUAUGAAAUUUCCACCAGUAGUGAUAACUACGAUGUUUACACAUCGGUUCUUAAAAUGAGUAAUAUUCGCUAUGCCGAUUAUGGAGAUUACAGUUGUCGUGCUGCCAAUGCUCAAGGUUCGAUUACAUCCAUCAUAAAACUUCAACCUAAAGGUGCACCAGAGAGACCAAAUAGUAUCAGUGCAGUUGACAUUGGUCCAACUUAUGUUACACUACAAUGGGAUCUUGGUUUUGACGGAGGAUUACCAAUCACUAAAGCCUUCAUCUCAUAUCGUAGAGUUGCAAGCGAGCAAGAUAUUAUUGUUCCCGAUUGUGCUCCACCACGAGGACCACCCAACGGUCAAUGGCAAGAGCUUGACUGUCGAAAAUCAAAUCCCUGCAAUAUUACCGAUCUCGAUCAACAUCAGACCUACAAUUUUAAGGUCAAAGUGUAUAAUACGAAAAAUCAUUCGGAUUAUUCGGACGAAAUUAGUGCAACGACUGCUGUGGCCAAAAUUCCAAUGCCGAUGAGAGUCACUUACGAUCCGGAAACUUUCCUGUUGUCCAUGAAUGUUGGUGCCACUUGCUUGGCUCUAGUUGCAUCGAUCGAGAGGUUGGACGGCGGUUCAGAUAACUCGUGGAAGAAAACCGAAGAGUGGCCACUCGAGGUCAUGGGAAGUGCAUCCACCCACAGACAAAAUCAUCUCCAUGACACUGAACUCGAUAAUUUCCAACCAAAAAUAAGGGUUCGACUUUGCCUCAAAGCUGAUCGGCAAAAAUGCGGAGAAUACAUGGAGGCAGCAUUUGGUCCGCCGAUUAUCGCUCAAACGGGAGGAUUGACCACACCCACAUUGGUUACAUUAUUAGUUAGUGGAGCUGUAUUUUUACUCUUUGCUGCACUGGUUCUUCUAUUUUGUCGAUUCCGCAGGAAACAUGCCACGAAGGCAAAAGACUACGAAAUGGAUUCUAAUGCAGUACGACCGAGCUUGGUGACUGGAAAUGGCCAACAGAGUCAAGCACCACCGCCAUAUUAUGCAGAGAACAAAGCAUUGGAGCAUAGUCUGGACCACGCCUUGGCACUUGAGGAUUCAAAGACCCCAGCCUACGCACAAACUGGAUAUGGUUACCACCAACCGAAUCACAACAUCAAUGGUGAGAAUGGUGUCAACAUGGGAUAUAUGGACAACAGCUAUUCUAACUCAAACAAUGGCGGGUCGGUCAACUCGCAGGAUUCCAUUUGGCAGAUGAAAUCGGCUGCGGCCAACAGCGUUAACCAACCCUACGACAUGGGCGGAUACGCAACUACCGAGUCAGAUUAUCCUGCACACCCUCAUUAUCUCCCACAACGUGAUGAUUACAGAGAAAGCCACAACUUGAGUCGGCAACAAUUUUGCCCAGAACCCUUUGCCGCUGUCGUCAAAUCUCAAAAGCAUGUUGAUUCACCAUACGAUGUGUCUGGACUGCCGUACCAGGAAGCCUAUGACGAGGACACAAAACCUCCGCAGCAGGUGAGCUUGUCAUAUGACGAAAGUCUUGAAUCGGGUUAUUCAACUCCAAAUAGCCGGGGAAGAAGAAUAAUUCGUGAGAUAAUUGUCUGAGAUCAGCCAACCGGCUCGCGGGCCGGAAA